GGUUGAACCUCCCAGACCAUAUAGAGCAUCCCCUAAAGAUAAUAGUGAAAUUAAAAAACAAAUAGAUGAAUUGUUAAAAGCUGGAAUUAUUAAACCUUCUUAUAGUCCUUAUGCUGCUCCUGUAGCUUUAGCUUAUAAAAUUCUUAACAAAAUAGAAUUAGAACUAGAUAAGUCUUCUGUUGAUGUAAAUUUGCUAGAAGAAGGCUUAGAACUGUUGAAUGAUAAGUUUGAAUCUCUUAAGAUAGCUGAUUCUGAAAUUGAAAGUAUUUUGAAACCAGAAGAAUUAAAUGAAGAGAUUCAAACUGCAGAAGAAUAUCGCGAAAGACUUCUGUUGUGGAAAUUUAGAGCGAAAAAACGAAUUCAGUUGUCAAACCAAAACUCUGCUGUUAUUGAUACAAAUCUAUCUAAUUCUCAAUUAUCUUCUCAAACACUAGAAAGUAACAGACGAGAACGUAUUAAAUUGCCGAAAAUAUCUAUUCCAAAAUUUUAUGGUGAUGUCAGCCAAUGGCUUUCAUUUUGGAACUGUUUUGAUUUGGCAAUUCACAAAAACGAAUCUUUAGAAAAAGUAGAUAAGUUUACUUAUUUGCGUGCACAUUUAGGAGGAACUGCAUUGAGUACUAUAGAAGGAUUUUCACUUUCUUCCAAAAAUUAUGAUUCAGCUAUUAAUUUACUACAAGAUAGAUUCGGAAGUUAA